AUGGACGAGUUCGCCAAGAGUAAGACCGGCUACUGCGAACUUGACGCCUCAUCCCUUGCCGUUGGUCUUCCCGAGGGCCUGAUGGGCAACUCGGAGGUCGGCCAUCUGAACAUCGGUGCUGGCCGUGUCGUCUGGCAGGAUGUCGUUCGCAUCGACCAGACUAUCAAGCAGGGCGAGCUCCCCAACAACGCCGUUAUCAAGAAGACUUUCGAGAGCGCCAAGAACGGCAACGGCAGACUGCACCUUUGCGGUCUCGUCUCCCACGGUGGCGUGCACUCCAAGCAGGAGCAUCUUUACCACCUCCUCAGAGCCGCCAAGCAGUACGGCGUCCCCAAGGUCUACAUCCACUUCUUUGGCGACGGCCGUGACACCGACCCCAAGUCCGGUGCCGGUUACAUGGAGGAGCUUGUCCAGACCGCCAAGGAUAUCGGCAUUGGCGAGAUCGCCACCGUCGUUGGCCGUUACUACGCCAUGGACCGUGACAAGAGAUGGGAGCGUGUCGAGAUCGCCCUCAAGGGUAUGAUCCUCGGUGAGGGUGAGGAGAGCACCGACCCCGUCAAGACCGUCAAGGAGCGCUACGCACGUGGCGGCGACAAGGACAAGGACGAGUUCCUGACCCCCAUCAUCGUCGGCGGCGAUGAGGGCCGCAUCAAGGACGACGACACCGUCUUCUUCUUCAACUACCGCUCCGACCGUGUCCGCCAGAUCACUCAGCUCCUCGGCGACGUCGACCGCUCCGUCCUCCCUGACUUCCCCUACCCCAAGAUCGACAAGCUCGUCACCAUGACCCAGUACAAGACUGACUACCCCUUUGAGAUUGCCUUCGAGCCCCAGCGCAUGGGCAACGUGCUCGCCGAGUGGCUCGGCAAGCAGGGCGUUGAGCAGGUCCACAUCGCCGAGACGGAGAAGUAUGCCCACGUCACCUUCUUCUUCAACGGUGGUGUCGAGAAGGUCUUCGCCCUCGAGACCCGUGAUGAGAAGCAGGAUCUCGUCCCCUCCAACAAGUCCGUUGCCACCUACGACAAGGCCCCCGAGAUGUCCGCCGAUGGCGUCGCCAACCAGGUCGCCAAGCGUCUCGGCGAGCAGAAGUUCCCCUUCGUCAUGAACAACUUCGCGCCCCCCGACAUGGUCGGUCACACCGGCGUGUACGAGGCCGCCAUCGUCGGUGUCGAGGCCACCGACAAGGCCAUCGGUAAGAUCUACGAGGCCUGCAAGAAGGAGGGCUACAUCCUCUUCAUCACCGCCGACCACGGCAACGCCGAGGAGAUGAAGUUCCCCGACGGCAAGCCCAAGACCUCCCACACCACCAACAAGGUUCCCUUCAUCAUGGCCAACGCCCCCGAGGGCUGGAGCCUGAAGCAGGUCGGCGGUGUCCUGGGUGAUGUCGCCCCGACCAUCCUGGGCGCCAUGGGCCUGCCCCAGCCUGAGGAGAUGACUGGAGAGAACUUGCUGAUCAAGGCAUAA